AUGAGUUCAAUUGUUUAUUGUUGGUAAACCGUUUUGGCUCAAAAGUGCUUUUCAUAUUCAGCUAUGGUUUACAUGCAUCAAUGUGAUUUUCAAUUCAAUUUCCAGUGUUAAUCAGUGAACAUGAAAGUAAAUUGGAUAUUCAAUGUGAUCUGUGUUUCGGUGUUUAUUUCAAAAUCACUUGUUGAGUGUUCAAUGAAUUUUGCUGUUCAAGUGCCACCAUUUUCCUUCAACAUGCCUCGCUAUCGGAUGCCACCAAUGAAAAUGACAAUGCUUAUGAAUCAUGACCCAGACUCUGACCAUGUUAACCUCGCAUUUCCAGGAAUGACAAUAACAAACAGUCCAGAUAAUUCCAUUAUAAUCAAUGAAAACAGUUCUACAGAUUUAUCUGGUUCCAAUAGACCUUAUCAUCAACUGCGUCCUUCACCUUCAAGUCCAAUGGCUUAUCGUCGUAAAUUGUACCGAAUGCGUGGACUUAAAUACGAUAGAAAUUAUUUUGCGAAAAUUGGCCAAACUGUUUCGAUUCCUUACCUUUUGGUUAAACCUCAAUUCCCUCCAGUCAAGCCAACAAUCAAAUGUCCAAACUGUUAUUCAAAUUCACAGAAAAUAGCUCAUCAUCAUCACCAUGUUUUUCAUGAGAAAAGCAGAAACUUGAAUAAACUCAAAUCUGGUCAAACCUUUUCCCCGCACAUGAAUCUUCGGACUCCACCGAAGUCUUUCAAUGGAGUGUCAACAAUUCAAAUUAAUCACAGUUAAACUAUUAACUUUUUAAUGCUCAACUCAUCCGAUUAUCACUUGAAAGAUGAACAAGAAACUGAAAAUUUUUCAUUUUCUUGUCUUUGAUCAACAUUUAACUUUUCAUUAUAAAUGAUUAAAUGCUCACAGAGUCAUGAAUAAACACAGAUAAGAAGCUUAAA